AUGGGAGGAGCGCAAAUGUCCUCUCUCUAUAAGAAGUGCCGAACGUACAACAAGGGAUUUUAUACAGCUACUCAGGAGAAACGAAAUGAUCUGCCCUGGAGCCGCAGCAAAAUGCUGGAUGGACACCUACUCCUGGGAUGGUUAUCGUUCACAGUUAUAGUUUACCUUUCAAAUUUGCCCGGACCGACAACAGCUUAUUUCGGACUGACAGGUAAUGAACCCCUGUCCAUCCUACCGCUGAGCUCCCAACCCGAGGAGAACGUGGGCAGGGCCCACUACAAGCUGUGCGACCGGCUCAAACUGGAGAAAAAGCAGAGGCGGAUGUGUCGACGAGACCCGGGUGUGGCCGAGACCCUCAUGGAGGCCAUCAGCAUGAGCGCCCUGGAGUGCCAGUACCAGUUUCGCUUCGAGAGGUGGAACUGCUCUUUAGAGGGCCGCUACAGAGCCAACAUUUUAAAGAGAGGUUUUAAGGAGACAGCCUUCCUGUAUGCCGUCUCCUCAGCAGGCCUGACUCACGCCAUGGCCAAGGCGUGUAGCGCCGGGCGGAUGGAGCGUUGCACCUGCGAUGAAGCACCAGACCUGGAGAACCGCAAGGCCUGGCAGUGGGGCGGCUGUGGAGACAACCUGAAGUACAGCAACAAGUUUGUCAAGGACUUCCUGGGCAAACGCUCCAACAAGGACCUGCGUGCCCGCGUGGACAUGCACAACACUAAUGUGGGCAUGAAGGUGAUCAAAGCCGGAGUAGAGACUACCUGCAAAUGCCAUGGCGUCUCAGGCUCCUGCACCGUCCAGACAUGCUGGAGGCAGCUCUCGCCCUUCCAUGAGAUCGGCAAGCAGCUGAAACAGCGCUACGAGGCCUCUCUGAAGGUGGGCAGCUCCACCAACGAGGCCACGGGGGAGGGGGAAAUCUCCCAGGCCCGGCCCCAGCAGCAGCCCUUACCAGGCCCCAGCAAUGACCCAAUCCCACGCACCAUGGACCUGCUCCACAUCGAGGACUCGCCCAGCUUCUGCCGGCCCAGCAAGUACUCGCCAGGCACCUCGGCCAGGAAGUGCUACAAGGACAAGAACUGCGACGCCAUCUGCUGCGGCAGGGGCCACAAUACCCAGAGCCGCGUGGUGACCCGGCCAUGCCAGUGUCAGGUGCGCUGGUGCUGCUACGUCGAAUGCAAGCAGUGCACGCAGAGAGAGGAGGUCUACACCUGUAAAGGGUAGCCCAGUCUUAGAGGAGAGAGCAAGACAAUGGAGUUGGAGGACCUUUAUAAGCACUUUGAGGGAUUUUCUGUCGUGUGGGUUUGGUUCUAAUGCCAUGUGGCCUCAGCCAAUGGGGGUUGGGGUUGCAGCAAGAGAUUGGCCUUGUCUGACAACCGGGUCAACACGUGUCUCAUGCUUUCUGGUUGCAGAGUUAGAGCCUUGGAUAAAGGCUACCUCGCCUAUUCAACAUCCAGUCAGAUGUGUCAGUGAGAAAACGCAGCACUUGGCAGCUGUCUCCGGCUAGCAUGCUGUUAAUGAGGAUCCAAUAGAAUGACUGUAAUGGUAAAAGACUGGCUUUUGGGCCUUGCCCAAUGUAGAAAUGUGUGUGUUGGCGGCGAGUGAGGGUGCAGGGGAGUCAAAUGACAACUCAUAUGGCAAUCAUGGCAACCAUAUUCUGAAACUGUUAAGAACACAGGGUGUAAGAUUUAUUAUACGCACACAUAUUUACACUCGCACACCAAUGUGUGUAUGCAUAUGUAUGUAAAUAAAUUAAAUUGUAUUAUAAUGAUAUUAUAUACACUUGCCACUUCUCUGAAUAUGUUUAAACAAACCACUAACUACACAAAUGUAUUGUUGUUUGUGUAUUCUCGCUCUCUUUUGCUUUAUAAUUUCUUUUGACAAGGCCCUUUGGAAAGCAGCACAUUUGUGUCCUUUGUGACUCUCUGUGGAUCAUUUAUGGACCCUUUGGGACUACUCCUUCCCGAGGAGAGGAAACACGCUCAUUUGUCUUUGAUUCUUUUUCGCUAGAGUGAAAUUGUUGGUGAAUACAUUUCUGAGUACAGAAAUUUCAUUUUUUUUGCCAGUAAUUUUAGGCUACUUUUGGGCGAACUCAAAUAAUGUUCAGGGAAUAACUGAAACCACUAUACUUAUUUAGAAAGAGUAAAAAGAAGAACUGAAAAUCUGCAUGUAAUCGAAAGUUCAAUGAGAGAAUGGCCUUGCUUUUCUGAGUCUAGUGUCUAUUACUGUCACCAUGAAAACAGGAGACCGACCACUUGACCAGUAGAGAAUGCAUCUUCCAAUCAGCUGACUAAUGCUCUAAGUAAUAGCAACCCAACUAUGUCACCUUGCUUCUUGGUACUUAGUUAGCACUCUGUUUAAAAAGGAAAAGCCAAUCUUGCUAGUAAUACUACUAUAAAGUAAAGAAAACAGCAAACUAUGGGUACAGGAGAAAUGUAACCCCUAUUUAUAUACAUACACUCUCAUAUCCUUCCUUCCUCUCUCUAGAGUGCACCAUUUGAUUGACAAGGAUAAAUGGUUGAGGUUGAAAAUGAACAGUAUGAUGCUAUGGAAACUAAAAUCCAUCUUGACAUGUCUGCAAAAUGGCUUCAAAAUUAACACCCUGAGGCAAAUGCGGUCUUUUACAGAUAGUCCUGCUGAAGCUUAAGGUGUAUUAUGGUGACAAAAUGUGUUUGCGACAACAAAGCAAAUGUAUCCUCUAGCUGUAGCCUAUGCAUUUUCCAUCCAUUGUUUGGGGCAUAGCUAACAGAACUCCGUGACUGCAAAGGUACAAUCUCCUUUUGUGUUGUUUUGACAGUAAUUUUCUUUAAGGCAGGUUACCAUUAUGUUGUACAGUAAGAUUUGUAUGACUAACAUUUAAUAUUGGAUGUUUGAAGUUUAAAAUGACUGGUGGAAAAGGCAGAGCCAACCCUGUAAACAGCUACAAUAAUACGUCAGAUGCAAAGUCACCUUUAGAUUCCCUUUAGGUGUACCGUCUUUGCCUUGUUUUAAGUGGGUGAGAAUGAACUACUGAGUGAGGAACCCAACAUUGUAAGAUAGCCCCAUUUACGCACUGAAGCACCAGAAGCCCUUGAUCAUUUCCCUUUAAAGUAUUUAAAGACCUUGUAUUUAUGAAUAUAUACAGUGCAGAUGUUUUUGUUUAUUGUAAAAAGCAGUGGUUUAUUCUCCUGUGGUAUAGAGACAAGAAUGAGGCACAUGGUACAAUCUCACAGACAAUUAAAGAGGAAGUUGGUAGCAAUAAGGAGGUUAGGACCAAGACAUUUGAUGCUGGGAAGGCAAGUGGUAAAAUAUAUAAGGCUAAACCAUGAAUAUGGAAUACAUUGCUGCUGUAAACAUUUGAUUGUAAGUGAUCAUCAGUUAGUGAAAAACAAGUGCCAAACGAGUACCAACAUAAGUAAAUAGCAUGCCAAUACCCUCGAAAAUAGCUUUGACCACCGACUAUGAUAGAUAGACUACAGUUCGCCCAUAGUUUUAAAUCAGUGAUGCUCACAGGAUUUCUAUCUGAUUUGACCCACCAUGAUUUAUCCAGAAAAAGCAGCAUGCUCUCAGAAGGGAGUCUAGCCUAACGAAGGUUGGUUGGUUCAUCCUCUAGAGCUGAAUUCCAAACAUUUUGAAAAUGAGGAGACAUGCCAAAUAAAGAAUGGUCAAAAACAUAUACAUAGAACUUUGCACGCUACAUGGAAACCAUAAUGGCUCUGCUGAAAGCCUGAGCAUAAAUGCCUGCUUCCCACAGCUUCCACACUCCCCUGCCCAAGACUGUGGUUCUCUACAGUGGUCAUUUAUUGAAUGGAUACAAAUGGUCAACAGAGUCAUGGAGAGAGGAAUACAGUAUGCACAUUGCAUGUAUUUUGUAUGUUUUAUAUUCUACGUUUUUCAAGACAAAGGACGGCAUGACACAAUGGUUGUUCUUCAAUGUCAUUGUCUUAGUCCUUCAUAUUCUAUUUUUGAACUCAUAGCUCUGCACUGUGUAGUUGUCAGAGGAUCAUGUAUAAAAAAAAUCUAUUUUAUAGGAAAAAUGAAAAUAAAAGAAAGAUAAAUUAUUUUAAAAUAUAUUAUGAGCAUGUGUUCAAUGUAAAUAACAUUAAGUCAAAACUGAUUUUAUAUACUUGUAUUUUUUACUCAGUUUAUUUUCUUGAGGCUUGUAUGGGGUUUUGGCUUCUUUGCGGUGGAGGCUUCAAGAGACAGUGAAUACUGUAAAGACAGCAUAAUUGUUCUUAAAGAUAACUCUAACAUUUGCCGUUCCUAAGCACAAAACAAAUCCUAACAAAUUUAGAAAAUCAACAAUUCGCUUCCCUUUUUCAACUGUUUUAUAUACAGUAAGGCAACUCUAAAGGCUAUUAAAUGGAUCAUGAUCAGCUGUUUUAUGUAAUUGACAUUGCACAAUACUACACAAGUAUUUUUGUAGCAUGACCCAUUUGUUUGAGGGGUUGGUGAGGGGUAUAUGGGUUCUGUCUGUACCCAGUAACAUAGCCAUCUGUGCAGAUAAACACACUGACCAAACACAAAGUAAUAUUGGUGAGAACUCAACUUUCAACUUUUGGUUUACUCUGAUGUUCUUGCAAAGGAUCACAACAAAUGAUAUAUAGAGGGUCACAAUCACCGUGUCCAUUUUUGUUAGGAUUUGUGCUGUGCUUGCUAAUAACAAAACAAACAUGUAUUACCCUUUGUGAUAAUACUAUACCAACAAAGCUUUGUCCAUGUUCACUUAUUCAUGUCUUAUGGGAACGUAAAUUAUUUUCCUCUACCUCAUGUGUAUAGCUUGUCGGUAUAAACAGAUCACGAAUGACUGGUAAGAAUGUAUUUAAGUUAUUUAACAUCUUUGUAAAAACAAAGGCAAGAAAAUCUGAAAUAAUAAAUUAAUUUUUAAAUUAUUUUAAUGUUUGGUCUCAUUCAUACCCAGUGGUUAUUUAGCUAUUGCUAAUUGGAGCUUGGUCCGAGUCUAAGUAAGCAAACAGUAAAAGUUCUACAACACUAAUAAUCCAUAUUUCUUUCUCCUCAUAACUCAAAGCAACUUUUUGAAUGUAUUUGUUUUAUUUUAUUUAACCAGGCAAGUCAAUUAAGAACAAAUUCUUCUUUACAAUGAUGGCCUGGCAAAAGGCAAAAGGCUUCCUAUGGGGACGGGGGCUGGGAUAAAAAAACAAUGUAAGACAAAAUGGACAACACAGACAGAAGACAAAGGCAACAGCAAAAAUACAACAGCAGCCAAACAGUAGAUGUGUGUGUGUGUGUGUGUAUGUGCCGGCAUGUGCAAUGGUGUAAAGUACUUAAGUAAAAAUACUUUAAAGUACUACUUAAGUACUUUUUGGGGGUAUCUGUACUUUACUAUUUAUAUUUUGUACUUUUACUCCACUAUAUUCCUAAAGAAAAUAAUGUACUUUUUACUCCUUACAUUUUCCCUGACACCCAUAGUACUUGUUACAUUUUGAAUGCUUAGCAGGACAGGAACAUUGUCGAAUUCACACACUUAUCAAGAUAACAUCCCAGGUCAUCCCUACUGCCUCUGAUCUGGCAGGCUCACUAAACCCAAAUUCUUUGUUUGUAAAUUAUGUCUGAAUGUUGAAGUGUGCC